GUGAAAUGAGAAUAGAAGUAGAUGGUGAGCGAUGUAGCGGUGAAAUAAGACAAACAUAAUAAGACAAACAAACAAAAAAACAAAGCGGAAAGGGAGAACAACAAGCGAGUGAAAGUAAACCUGUAAUGUGGAGGAAACGGACAGUGAGCGCAGUGUAACCGUGACAACGAGACACGAGGACGGAUUUAAAGUGAUCAUAAAAUCGUCUCCAGACGGGCGUCGUUCGUCCAGUGGGUGGGAUUAAUGCACCUGUAAGCUGAUUUGUCAAACGCCAUCAAGCCCCGAAGAAGAACGGAGGACAGCACUACUGUGGUAGAGGAGCGGUGUGUGUGCAGACAUGGUUGCUGUUGAUGAAGCGGACUGAACUUAGAGGAGAGACACAAAAUAAAGUAUAGAUCCCGUCACGUCAGUGUGGAUCUGAUACCAACGUCUGUAUCGCUUCAUCGAUGUUUGUAUCGAUCCGCUCAGCCCCAGUUGAAGCAGCAAUGAGUUCAGUUCAGUAUCUGAGAGAGUUCAUCAAGGAGAGGCUAACUGCUGUUUGUGAAGAAAUCUUCUCAGAGGUUCAAAAAACCAUCGUCCAGUUUGAGCAGGAGAUCAACCGUCAGCACAGACUGCCGGAUAUCAGCCAGAAACCCGACAUAAACUCACACAUCAUAGACCUCCCACGACAACAUGACUGUGGGGAAGAGGAGGGUCUGGAUGAGCAGCAGGUCUGUAACCAGGAGAGGAACUCCAGUCUGGACCAGGAGGACCCAGAGCCUCCACAGAUUACAGAGGAACAGGAGGAACUCUGCAGCAGUCAGGAGGGAGAGCAGCUUGGACUGAAGAAGGAGGCUGAAGGCAUUAUCGUCUGGACUGAUGAAGAGCAGCUCAGGCUGCUGGAGACCAUCUGUAAACCUGAGAUAAAGUUACAUAGAAUAGAUGUCCAUCAGCAGCAUUCUUUUAAGGAAGAGGAGGUUCUUACAGACCAGCAGGUCUUUAACCAGGAGAGGAACUCCAGUCUGGACCAGGAGGACCCAGAGCCUCCACAGAUUAAAGAGGAACAGGAGGAACUCUGCAGAAGUCAGGAGGGAGAGCAGCUUGGACUGAAGCAGGAGACUGUUACUUUUAUGGUGACACCCGCUUAUGAGGAAAGUUCCCACAGUGAACCAGAACCAAAUAGUGAGCAGCUCCUUUCUCACAGCUCUUCUGAAGCAGAGAGCCGAGAUUAUGAAGUAAAUGGGCAUGUGGACUCAAGGUCAACUAGAAAUGCAGAGCUAAAGAAGAGACAUCACAGUCAGAGAGUAGACAACACUCGUGUAUCAGUGAGUCAAAGUAGAACGGACACAAAGAACAAGUCUGUACAAUGUGACGUGUGUGGAAAAACUUUACCUGAUAAAUACAAACUGAUUGCACAUCUAAGAGUUCACACAGGUGAGAAGCCGUAUUGUUGUAGCACCUGUGCGAAAAGAUUUUCUAACUCAUCAGCAUUAAAAAAACACAGGAGAAUUCACACAGGUGAGAAACCUUAUUCUUGUAGCACCUGUGGGAAAAGAUUUUCUGACUCAUCAGCGUUCAAAACACACAGAAGAGUUCACACAGGUGAGAAGCCAUAUUGUUGUAGCACCUGUGGGAAAAGAUUUGCUACCUCAUCAACGUUGAAAACACACACGAGAGUUCACACAGGUGAGAAGCCAUAUUCUUGUAGCAUCUGUGGGAAAGGAUUUAAUCAGAAGUCACAUUUGGACUCUCAUGCAAGAAUUCACACAGGUGAAAAACCAUAUCCUUGUAGCACAUGUGGGAAAAGAUUUGCUGACUCAUCAGGAUUCAAAAAACACAUGAGAAUUCACACAGGUGAGAAGCCAUAUUGUUGUAGCACCUGUGGCAAAAGAUUUAUUCAGAAGUCACGUUUGUACUGUCAUAUAAGAAUUCAUACAGGUGAGAAACCGUAUCCUUGUAGCAUCUGUGGGAAAAGGUUUGUCGAUAAGCUACAAUUAAAGAAGCACAUGAGAGUUCAUACGGUGUAAAACGUAUAUCCUUAGAAAAUGCGGGACAACUGUGAGUCAUUGCUAAACACCUGAGUAAAAAAAUAAUCUAUAUUCAAAUCAAUUUUUUUUCCAGAGCAGUAAAGAACUCUCAGCAUUGUUUGUUCAGUUUAUGACGUUAUUCUAUUAAUUGUAUCAGGAAACUGAUCUUACAUUUCAUGAGGGUUAAAGUUUAGUAUGCUCCUGUUCUAUUGGUUCAUUGUUUAGCUCUAUUGUUUAUUAUUAUUGCUUUAUAUCCUAUAUUGGGACAAAUGGACCCCAAACCAGUCUUCUGGUUAAUAAUUUUAAUCCUUUGCUCAAGUGAUUUUUUGUCACAAUAAAAAUCAAGAAAGUGAGCAACAGUCAAGAAUUGUGUUUAUUCUUGUAAGGGAGCAAAAGUAUCAAAAACCAUGCUUGAAGGGCAAGUUCUUAGUAAUUUUUGUCAGACCCACCCUCCUUUGCCAUAAAACUGUCACACUAUAACACUUUUCCUUCUAGAACGAAACUAGUUAUGAGUGUGUGCACUGUAAAGAGCAGAUAAUAUUUUUGCAGUCUUGGCAUAUUUCCAGGCACUAUGUGUAUCCUUGACUAUCAUACAGCUCACACCAAUUAGAAGAUUGCAUAACAUUUUUUUCCAUCAGUCCCAAAAGUACAUUGGAGCUGCAGUGAUUCCUCAGUCAGUGAAGGAUUUCAAUUUAGCUGGGAAACAUUAACUGCUGUUUUUGAGAUGUAGUGUUUUAGCUCAGGAAAUGUAGAAAGAAAAUGUGGGAGAACAAAAAUGUAUGUUCAGCUUUAGAGCUUUUCUGCUCUGGUUAAAAAAAAAACUUCCUCCUGUUAGAGCAGAUUAACUGCAGCCAACCGAAUGUGAAUCCGAUAGGUUUUAGUUUGUUAAAGUCACAAAGUUUGGGUUGAAAGUUCUCCAGGAAACUGAUGUUCCUGGUUUAUUAGAACAUUAAACCGCAGCAUAUGUUGACCACAGCCAAGUACUUUAUUGACAGUUAUGAUAGUUAACAUUGAUGAAACCUACAUAACUCUGUCUUGUUAUACUUUUGCACAUACUUUAUUUUGUACAGUUCAGAGACCUGAUUAAAUAGUGCAUAGGUCAGAAUCAGAAAAAAGACAUGAGCAUGGUGCUGACUGCGAAAAACAUAAGUUGGCAUCAGAGAAUAAAAAGAUAAGGUUUAGCUAGCAAUCAUGUUUGCAAGCCAGAAUUGUACAGUUACGCAGUUUGAUCUAAUUUAUGUUAUGGAAAUUUUAACAACACACCCAGUGAGCUUGAUUUGAAGUGGGUUUAAUAAAUAAAACACUAGGGUUAUUGGUCAGAGAGCCCGGUGGCGCCAGUGUCCGGCAGCCUCGCCUCUGUCAGUGCGCCCCAGGGUGGCUGUGGCUACAAUGUAGCUUGCCAUCACCAGUGUGUGAAUGUGUGCAUGAAUGGGUGGAUGACUGGACGUGUAAAGCGCUUUGGGGUCCUUGGGGACUAGUAAAGCGCUAUACAAAUACAGGCUAUUUACCAUUAUCUCUGCUAGUGGCCAUAGCCUUUACAAUCUUAUAUACACACACAAACAAAAAACAUUCCACAACUCUUAUAUGUUGGCCCUCUCACAGGGGGCUAUACCUUUAGCCCCAUCCCUAAAACCUUCUCUCUCACAGAGAGAAUUAUGACCUGGUAUUCUGCUUGGCCAUUACCUAAAGAUUUACAUCUCUGAUAAGCAGAAGGAUUCUCACUAUCUGUUUAACGUCUCCCAUGAACUUACAAUUGUCACGGUGGCGGACGGACUCAGGCGCAGACUGAGGCAGCACGGUUCAACAGUACUUUAUUAAUCACUCCGGUGCGCUAUGUA